AUCUUCUUGUUUGUGUAUCUCCCUAUUCUCCAUAUCUUUGGCCCUUCUUUUGAGUGCCUUCAAAUGGAGCUACCCACAAAGGCACCGGAUUUUAGAGACAAGAAAACCCAGUAUACAAUAAAGACCAAGAAGCUUUCCUACUGGUUAUCUAGGCGGGUUGAUGACUUCAGUUGGUUUUUCAGGAAGGAGGGCACUGCUAGUAAAAGAAUUUUGAAAAAUGUGGACUGUGAAGCCAGACCUGGGGAAAUCAUGGCAAUUGCUGGUCCAAGCGGGGCUGGCAAGACAACUUUGUUGGAAGUACUAGCAGGAAUGAUCCCACUGAGUAGGCUUUCUGGUAAUGUUCUUGUAAAUAACCAGCCGAUGGAUCCUAGACACUUCCGGAGGUUAUCAGGUUAUGUUACCCAAGAUGAGAUUCUCUUCCCGCUUCUAACUGUCGAAGAAACACUCAGGUACAGCGCACGUCUGAGGUUGCAUGAUGGGCCAAUGGCUGCAGCCAGAGUAAGAGAGCUACUGGAGGAGCUUGGAUUAGAGCACGUUGCCAAAGCUAGAAUUGGUGGGGAAUCAAACCGUGGCAUUUCAGGCGGGGAGAAACGUAGAGUCUCAAUUGGGGUUGAUCUAGUUCAUGAUCCGGCUGUUCUUUUGAUUGAUGAACCAACAUCAGGACUGGACUCAGCAUCAGCCCUUCAUGUAGCAUUGUUGCUGAAAUCCAUGGCUGUGAAACAAGGGAAGACAAUUGUUUUAACCAUCCAUCAACCUGGUUCCCGAAUUCUCGAGCUGUUUGACCAAGCUUUGCUAUUAUCAAAUGGAACUGUUCUUCAUCAUGGAUCCCUGCAUCUCCUUGAGCAGCGUCUUGAAUUAUCAGGUCAUUCCAUUCCUCGGCACAUUAACAUUCUCGAGUUUGCCAUCGAAGUGAAAGAAGCCCUGGUCAAAGACGCUGAAGAAAGCCAAGAAGAGGAGAAUGCUGAUCUAGAACAAGGUUGUGAAGAUACUAGAAGAAACACUCAGGUCAGUAAUGUCAGAGAAACUAAUAUUUGUUACGCCAACCCUCAAUUCAAGGAGGUUUUAAUAUUGGGUCAGAGAUUUUCCAAUAACAUUUACAGAACAAAACAGCUUUUCGUAGCAAGAACAUUACAAGCCGUACUUGCCGGGAUUGUGCUUGGCACUAUAUUCAUGAAUGCAGCUAGUGAUUCAAUGAGAUUUAAGCUACAAACACAGAUUGGCUUUUUUGCCUUCAGCCUCACCUUCCUGCUCUCGUCCACGACAGAAGGCCUACCAAUUUAUUUGCAAGAGAGAAGAAUUUUGAUGAGAGAAACCUCAAGGGGAGCAUAUAGAAUCUCUUCUUAUGUCAUAUCAAACACUCUGGUAUUGCUUCCUUUCUUGUUAAUUGUGGCUCUGCUGUACACCAUCCCUGUAUACUGGCUAGUAGGACUGAGGAGGGAAAUCGAUGCGUUUCUUUAUUUUUCACUGGUGGUCUGGAUGGUGGUUCUAAUGUCAAAUUCUUUUGUAGCAUGUUUCAGUGCACUUGUUCCAGAUUUCAUCAUGGGAACAUCUCUGAUCGCUGGCCUCAUUGGAUCCUUUUUCCUGUUCUCUGGCUAUUUCAUAUCAAAAGAGGACAUACCAAGGUGUUGGAUUUUCAUGCACUACUUGAGUCUCUUCAAGUAUCCCUUCGAGUGUUUUAUGAUAAAUGAGUAUGGAAGAGAGAAGGGCCAGAAGAGAUGCUUGAAGAUUGUGGAAGGAGAGUGCUACCUCUAUGCCGAAGGGUUUCUGAUGCAGCGAGGUCUUAAAGAGUCACAGAAAUGGAGUAAUGUUGUUGUCAUGUUGGGUUUCAUUGUUGGGUACAGAAUUCUGAGCAUUUUUAUUUUAAGUUACAGGUCCUAUAGAACAAAAAGUUAAAGGGCUUUCUGCUGUGAAGUAGACUUGAAAUGAGCUUCUUCUAUAUA